AUGCGAUUCCUCAGUACCGCUGUGGGCAUCGCCAGUGUCCUCGGCCAACUGGCCGGUGCUUCGCCUGUCAGUGACAUCUCUGAACGUUCCCUGCGUCUCGAGGCCUUCAUCGCCAAGGAGGGACUCUUGUCGUACCAGAACAUCCUGAAGGCCAUUGGCAACACCGGCAGCAAUGCUCCGGGCACGGCUGCUGGUCUCUUCAUUGCCAGCCCAAGCCUUGUGAACCCAGACUAUUUCUUCACAUGGACCCGUGAUUCUGCGUUGACCAUCCAGGGCCUGAUCGAAAUCUUCCUGACUGCCAACAACUUCCUGGGAAUCGACUAUCAGCCGCUCAAGGGCCACAUUCAGGACUACAUCUCUUCGCAGGCCAUCCUUCAGAAUGUCACCAAUCCGUCUGGCGGACUGUCCGAUGGCGCUGGACUUGGUGAACCCAAGUUCGAGGUCAACUUGAACCCAUACACCGGAGCCUGGGGCCGCCCUCAGCGGGAUGGUCCUGCUCUUCGGGCGAUUGCCAUGUUGACCUACAUGCAACACCUGAUCAAGAAGGGCGAGAAGUCCGUCGCCUCCGACCUUGUCUGGCCUGUGGUUGCCAACGAUCUGGCCUACGUCGCGCAGUACUGGAACAGCACCGGGUUCGAUCUCUGGGAAGAGGUCGAUGGCUCCUCGUUCUUCACGAGCGCGGCCCAGCACCGCGCUAUGGUCGAAGCCAGCACCGUGGCCAAGGCUCUCGGCAAGCCCUUUGAGACCUACGACGCGAUCGCUCCCCAGAUUCUCUGCUUCUUGCAGACCUACUGGAACGGAAAGAAUAUCGUCUCCAACAUCAACACGAACAAUGGUCGUACCGGCAUCGACCUGAACUCCGUCCUGACCAGCAUUCAUAUGUUCGACCCUGAAGCGGGCUGUGAUGAUGCUACAUUCCAGCCCUGCUCCUCCAAGGCCUUGGCCAACCACAAGGUCUACGUCGAUUCCUUCCGCUCGAUCUACACGGCCAACGCUGGACGCGGCAAGGGCCAACCUGCCAAUGUCGGUCGUUACCCGGAGGAUGUCUAUCAGGGCGGUAACCCAUGGUAUCUUGCUACUCUGGCUGCGGCCGAGCAGUUGUACGAUGCCCUCUACGUGUGGCGCAAGCAGGGAUCACUCACCGUCACCGAGAUCUCGCUUCCGUUCUUCCGUGACUUCUCCGACACGAUCAAGCCGGGCACCUACCGGGCCAACUCGGCGACCUACCAGUCGCUGACCCGGGCCGUCGGCAACUACGCCGACGGCUUCACCAGCCUCGUGCAGGAAUCCACUCCUCGCAACGGCUCGCUAGCGGAGCAGUACACGCGCGACACGGGCGCGCCCAUCUCCGCCGGCGACCUGACCUGGUCGUACGCGGCGUUCCUGUCGGCGGUGCAGCGGCGGGCCUCGAUCGUGCCGGGGUCGUGGGGCGCCGGGCGCGCCAAUACGGUGCCGGCCACCUGCAAGGCCGUGACGGUGCGCGGGACGUACGCGGUCGCGAAGCCGCCCUUCCCAUUCUCGUCGACCAAGUGCAUCCCCGCCAAGCGCGUGCCCGUCACCUUCUGGCUGACGGCCAGCACGUACUGGGGCCAGAACGUGUUCAUGACGGGCAACACCACGGCGCUGGGCAACUGGAACACGACGGCGGGCUACGCGCUCAGCUCGGCGCUGUACACGGAGGCGAACCAGCUGUGGGUGGCGUCGGUGGAGGAGCUCAAGCCCGGCGAGACGAUCGAGUACCGCUUCUACAAGGUCGAGCCCGACCGCUCGAUCACCUGGGAGUCGACCAAGAAGCGGGUGUAUACCGUCCCGACUGGUUGCCCUAUGUCUCCCCAGCUCACGGCCACUUGGUAA